CUAUAAAGCUUGUAUAUUUGUUAGAGGCCGCUCUCCGUAACCGGUGUCAGCAGUAGGUCUGGCGUGGCCUUCCAUUAUUGCUCUCUGUGAAAGUAAAAAGAGCAAUGGAACACUGACAAGUGGCACCUCUGCAAUGACAACACCACAAUAUUACGCGCCUGUCUAGUAUCAUGUAGUUAAACUAAAAUGACUGUUGAGACAGAGAAGCCAGAAUAAGAGAUCAGAAGCAUUUGGCAUGUGUGGCCAGACAAGAGCCAAGAAAAGUUGAAAUGGAGCAACAAAGAAGGGCCACUCAAUGCUCAAACAAUAAGAAAUUAAGCCUCGGUUGCAAGUGAGAGUUCAGAGUUUAGAUGGUAGUGAUUCGACAAUGCUGUCAUCUGGUUCAGUUGCGGUGAAUGGAACUUCUUUCAUUGGGAGAAUAGAGAACAACGGAGCACUUAAUGGUGGCAGUACCACUACAAAGAAAGAAGAGGGUAGAGUUUUGAUUGAUGGAGGAAAUGGGAGAUUAAAGUCUAGAGUUGAGAAAAAGCAGGUGAAAAAUGUUUCUCAAGAUUUUGAAGUUCUGUGGGAUGAUGGAUAUGGAACCAAGACAGCGAAGGAUUAUCUUGAAGGAGCCAAGGAGAUGAAUAGGCUUGAUGACGGACCACCUAGGUGGUUUAGCCCCAUUGAGAGUGGGCAACCUUUAAAAGAUUCUCCAACUCUUCUGUUUUUGCCUGGGCUUGAUGGUGUUGGCUUGGGACUUACUUUGCACCAUAAAGCUCUGGGAAAGGUAUUUGAAGUUUGGUGCCUUCAUAUUCCAGUCUACAACAGAACACCAUUUGAAGGACUGGUGAAAUUUGUUGAGGAAACAGUCAGGCUUGAGCAUGCCUUGUUCCCAGAUAAGCCGAUUUAUCUAGUCGGAGAUUCCUUUGGAGGAUGUCUAGCACUUGCUGUUGCUGCCCGUAAUCCCAAAAUUGACUUUGUAGUGAUACUAGCCAAUCCAGCUACAUCAUUCGGCAGAUCACAGCUGCAACCAUUGCUUCCUGUCUUGGAAGCAUUCCCUGAAGGAUUACAUAAUGCAGUUCCCUAUCUUCUUAGCUUUGUAAUGGGUAAUCCAUUGAAGAUGGCAAUGGUUGAUGUCGAAUAUAUACUUCCUCCUAGAUUAAAAAUCGAACAGCUGUCUGGGAAUCUUACUGCUUUGCUACCAUAUCUUUCUGGUUUGGCUGAUAUUAUUCCCAAGGAUACUCUUGUUUGGAAGUUAAAAUUACUAAAAUCAGCUGCUGCUUAUACCAAUUCCCGUCUUCAUGCUGUAAAAGCUGAAGUGCUAGUGCUUGCUAGUGGCGCAGAUUAUAUGCUUCCUAGUGCAGAUGAAGCUAAGCGUCUUAAAAAUUCAUUACAGAAUUGUAUAGUUCGCCACUUCAAAGACAAUGGGCAUACACUUCUGCUGGAAGAUGGCAUUAAUUUGCUCACUAUUAUUAAAGGUACUGGCAAAUAUCGUCGCUCAAGGAGAAUUGAUUUUGUCUCAGACUUUCUGCCACCUAGCAUGUCAGAAUUCAAGCGUGGCUUUUAUGAAAUAUCUGGGUUAUUACGCUUUGUUACAGGUGCUGCUUUGUUCUCAACUCUGGAUGACGGAAGGAUAGUGAGAGGUCUUGCUGGGGUUCCAAAUAAAGGUCCUGUUAUAUUAGUUGGUUACCAUAUGCUGAUGGGACUCGAACUUUAUUCCCUCUAUGAAGAGUUUCUGAGAGAGAAGAACAUUGCACUUCGUGGUUUAGCACAUCCAAUAAUAUCCAAUGGAAGGCUUGAAGAGUUAACUAAUGAAUUUUCUGUUUCUGAUUGGAUGCAAGUUAUGGGUGCUUUACCUGUUACACCAAGCAAUCUUUUCAAAUUGCUUUCUACAAAAUCACACGUGCUUCUUUAUCCUGGGGGUGCACGGGAGGCUCUGCAUUACAAGGGUGAACAGUAUAAGUUAUUUUGGCCUGAUCAACCAGAGUUUGUGAGAAUGGCUGCGAGGUUUGGAGCCACAAUUGUACCAUUUGGAUCUGUAGGAGAAGAUGAUAUAGCAGAAUUGGCUCUUGACUACAAUGAUCUAAUGAAAAUCCCUGUGCUUAAUGACUACAUAAGAGAGUCCACCCGCAGCGCUAUAAGAAUCAGGGAUCCGAGUCAAGGCGAAGUUGGCAACCAAGAACUGUUUAUCCCAGGGCUUUUGCCUAAGGUACCUGGCCGCUUUUACUUUCUGUUCGGGAAGCCCAUAGAAACAAAGGGGAAGGAAGAGCUGCUGAAAGACAAAGGUUAUGCAAAUGAACUUUAUUUGCAGGUAAAAUCUGAAGUUAAACGCAAUAUGGACUACUUGUUAAAGAAGAGAGAGACAGACCCUUAUAGGAGUAUUAUUGAUAGAACACUAUAUCGUGCAUUAUAUUCUCCUUUAAAUGAAGUUCCAGCAUUUGAUCCUUGAAAAUAGUUAGACAGUACAACAGUUGGUCUUAAAACUUCUACAACCAUCCCUUCACCUGAAAGUGAGUUCUGUACAAAUUCAAGUAUAUAUAAUGAAAACUAUGGUGGUUUUAUCAGGUUA